UCAUAUAUUCUUAUGUUAUAACAUAAAUGUCUUCUAACAACGUAUUUUAUUUCUCAUAUUUCUCUUUUAGCUUGUUUAUUUAUAUCUAAGUGAGUUACUGUUACACGUACACUCACGUCACUUAUAGUCCAGCUCACCUCAAGCUUUGAUGGGGGGAAAAACAGAGCUGGCUGACUCAUAACGUGCAACUAUAUUUGCAUACAUUUUCUUAAGGUGACAUAUUUUAGUGCCUGCUGCAUCUAACCGACUGACUGACUGACCUUUGAGUUCUGCAAAGCAGAAACCACCAGCCCGUAAAAGUGAGAAGUAAGCCGUGUGACGCUGUAGCUGCUACAUCUACACAGGACCGCUGACGCUUAGACGAGGUCGAUCAUCUCCCCGCAGCGCACCGAGACUGGCGCCUCUGCUUUUGGCGAGGCUUUGUCGAAGCUUUAUCGAGACCCCGGCAGCUGCCGCCUCUCUCAGGGUUUUUGUUUGUUUCCUAUCACGUCUCCGUUCGGCCGAUGCUUCCAUCUGACAGAAACGAGCUGCAGAUCGCGUCCCAAUCCAGGCCAUGGAGGGGCUGUGGUUCUUGCACAUCCUGGCCGCUCUGUUUCCAGUGCAUGCUUCUCACCAAGUCUCCCCCGGACUCAUCUGUACCACUGACUUUAUCAACAAUGUCAGCUGUACUUGGGGCGGCUCUCGGGGGGGUUCUGGUACGGACUGUUGGAUUUCUGGAGUGAAGAAGGUGUGGAAUAUCAAGACACAACAAUCCAAACCAGUCACUGAACGUUGUGAGCUAAAAGAACAUGGAAACUCUCCUCCCGGCUGCAGUUUUGUCUUUGCAAACAGUGAAUUCUUCAGUAAUGAGAAGAUGGACCGGAUCAGCAUCAGGUGUGGCGACAAGUGGAUGGAAAACCUCACGGACUACAACCUAAUGCAUCACAUUAAGAUGCAUCCUCCAGACACCCCCACUGUCAACACGUCCAACGGCACCUGGAUAUCAUGGACUCCGGGCAGUCCGGUUUCCUACUUAAUAAAAAGAUUUGACUUCCAGGUUCAGAUCAAAAAGAGCAACCAGUUAUGGAGGGACGCCAGGAAUUUCUCUGUCUCUGGGCAAGAGCUGAGAGUACCUGCAGGGAGCCUGACGGGAGAGCUGCAGGUCAGGGUGAGAGUCAUGCCAUUUAAACGGCCCGGAAGCCAGUGGAGCAACUGGAGUCCAGCAACAACCUGGGUAGAGGCGACGGACACGGUGGAUAUUCAAGACUGGCCGGUUCCGAUUUCUCUCAUAGUGGCCGGAGCCGUGCUUUGUCUGUGUCUCAACAUUGUUCUGAUUCUGAUCUUUAACAAGUGCUGCCAGUCCAGAGGGCUCCUCAGAAGGAAGCCGGUACCAAACCCAUCCAAGUACUUCCACACUCUCCAAUCCGUCCACGAAGGAAAUCUAAAGAAAUGGCUAAAUCCCGUGUCACUCCCGGAGUCGUUCUUCACGGCCCAGCCUCGCGAAGACAUCUCCCCAGUGGAGGUGUGUAGGGACUGGGAUGAGGUGCCCUCACCGUCUCAGUCGUUGACCAGUGCCCUGCUCCACUCCCAGGGCUAUCCUUCAUCUGGCUCCAACAUCAUCGUCUACAACUCGUCCUCCAUGUCCACCUUCUCCAACAUGGGCUACUUCAUGUCGAGCUCCUGCAGCAGCUCAGCCCAAAGUCACGGCAGUCAAGCCUACUUCACCUAUAAAGAGGAUUUCCAACAUCUGCCCAAAAGCCACGACCUUAACCUCUCCUUGUGCAUGCCUCUCACCUCAUGUCCUUCUUAUGAAUCUCUCAAGAGGGAACCAGUGAGUCCAGACUCUGGUUUUGGCAUUGAAAAUGAAAAUGAACAGAAUGAGGCAAGAGAUAUGGAUAAAGAAGAGGACGAGGUUUUCAAUGAUCAGCAUUCUCCCAUUCUCAUCCUCCCUGUACAUAUUCCCUCCUCCUUUCCUCCAGUUCAUCCUCAGCCUCCCACCCUCGUGCAGACCUCUGGCAGCCUUCAGGUGGAUGAGGAUGUGGAUGUGGAUGUGGAAGUGGAUGUGGAUGUGGAUGUGGAUGUGGAUGUGGAUGUGGAUGUGGAUGUGGAUGAGGAUGAGAAAGAGGAAGCAGCAGGUGAGAGUUCAGUUUCACGGCUGGUCACAGGUGGUGUGUGCCGCUCUUCCUCCAUGCCUGUGGAACCCUGUAAAACUGGAUAUCUGACACUCAAAGAGCUGCAGACAACGUUCAGCAAUAAAUCCAUCUGAAAACAUGUGAUUAAAAUCUCCAUUAGUUUAUUUUAAAGGAGAUGUCACAUGCUACUCAAAGGUUACUUUGGGUGGUUUAGGCUGAAAGUUCAAGGAGCAACAUUUCUUAAAAGAAAUCAAAUAUUCUUUCAAAUAAACAGAAAUAUAUAUUGUAUUUUAUUUUUUUAAAUUGUGCUGCUUUGAUUAUAUAUCAGUUACAUGUUUGGGUCAAAAUACCACAGUGAAAGAGUAUCUCUGUAUUUUUAGGUUAAUUGUUAAUUUAGACAACAAUAUUUUUUUUCCUUCAAAUCAUUUCUCCUUUAAAAUAUAUCAGUUUCAAUUUCUAUAGUGUCUAUUACAACCCAACUUGUCUCUAGGUGCUUUCCAGAGACCCAGAACAUGAACCCCUGAGCAAUUAUUGCAUGAGCAAUGGCAGGUAAAAAAACUCCCCUGGUGGGGGAAAAACCUUAAGCCAAACAGUAGCAAGAAAAACUCCCCUUUAGGAGGGAAGAAACCUUGAGCAGGACCUGGAUCAUACGAAUGAAGGACAGAGAAAUGGGAGACACAGAUAUUAUUGUCACUGGUACACAAGACAAGAUAUAUUAGCAUUAAUUAUUCCUUAGUGGGAGAACUAAGAGUUCUAUGUUCAUAUGACUGAUACCUGGUUAGUUGGUGGACGACAGAGACGACUAUAUGAACAGAUGUAGACAGCAGACGCUGAGAUGGUUAGAGGGGGGGACUGCAGGUCAGCAUGCAGCUCCUAAAGCUCUGGCCUGCAAACCUGUACAGAGGAGAAAACGAAGAGCCAGUCCAGCGCAACAAACUACAAUAGUAAUGGUUCCUGAUAGCAGGAGACCCGCCCUCCAAAUACACAUUUGACUACGAGUAAAUCUGCACCUGAGAACGGAGAGCUCUGUUGGGAACAUAAGGCACUAUCAGGUCAUGCAAAUAUUGCGGAGCUAAGAUGUUUUGGGCUUUAUACGCAAGUAAUACAUUUUUUUAUUGGAGUUUUACGGGGGCCAAUGGAGUGAGAGUAACACUGGAGAGACGUGGUCUCUCUUGCUGAUUCCUGUCAGCACUCGAGCUGCUGCAUUUUGGAUCAGUGGAGGAUAUUCAGCAAUAAAUUUGGACAUCCUGCUAAUAAUACAUUACAGUAAUCUAGUCUAGAAGAUACAAACGUGUUAUUUCGUUUUUUUAGCAUUUUCAGGAUGCUCCUAAUCUUUGCGAUAUUAUGAAGAUGGAAAAACAGUGUAGUACAAACCUGAUUAAAAUGUUUAAACCACAAAUCCUGAUCGAAUAUAACUCCAAAGUUUCUCACAGUUGUAGUGGAGGCCAUCAUGAUGUCAUCUAAUCCCUAAGGUCAUUGGGACCAAAGAGAAUAACCUCUCUUUUAUCAGAAUUUAGAAGUAAAAGAUUAGUGGACAUCCAGUCCUCGAUGUCCUUGAUAAAUGCCUGAAGUAUGGCUCGGAGUUCUGUCUGUACUUUCUGUAAAAUGUUUGAGUAGAGCAUCUUUACAGCUAACUUUUACCAUUUUUAAUCAUUAUAAUCAGCCUAUUUAACCUCUAAACCUUUAAUAUAUUGUGUUAGCUUUAGUUUUUUGAUGAGAUUGUUUUUACAGUGAACAGAAUCACAACAAAACAAAUGCAGGUAUGAUGAAACUGUGAUGAAACAGUCUGAUCAGCCAAAGUCAGCUGAUACUCUAAACUCUCCAUCAUUUAGUUUCUAUGACCUCAUUGAUUCUUAUCAAUGAACACCACCCUCAGGGGCUGAUGGGAGAUGCAGUUUUUUUAGUUUUAAACACCUAUGCUGUAAGAACCAAUGGAAAUUAUCAUUUCAUUUUACAAUGAUGCUUUGAAAAAAGUUCUUCAGGAACUUUGAAGGCAGGUAAUCAUUUUUUUUUUUUUUUAUUGUGUAAAUAGUAUCUAUGUUUGACGUUGUUUUGAGUUUGAGUGUUUGAUAGACAGUAUAUGUCCACUUCUUGAGUUCCUGGGACUAAUUAUGCAUUAAAUACUUUUAUCAAACACUGAUUUACUGUUGAAAGAAAGGCAGCUGGUUUGCCGUCUAUGUUGGUGUGUGUUACCUUCGUACCUCUUCUGAUCUUUAAUCUCAUCCCAUAUCACCAAAAGAAAAAGAUCAUAGCUGCACCUGGUGCCCUUGACAGACAGUAACCAUUGACAUUUGUGUCCUCGGUCACAGCAGAUUGUAUUAGAGCUCUUGUAAAUGAUUGAGGUCAAUGGCAAAAUGUCGACUUGCCUUGUCUCUACAUGUGCUGCAAUGUUUCCAUGACAUAUGUACAGAGACCAAAGAAAAUAAAAGCUCUGGUAGAAAUGGGUCACCCCGUGA